AUGGCCCAAGCAAGCUUAUCACUCCUGCUAGGAACGGUGACUCCAGACUGGGCUUUCUACGAAGAUCUCUACAAAUACUUCCAUUUGUAUCCUGAACUAUCGUGUCAAGAGAAGUCUACAUCGGAACGGGUGGCUGCUCAUCUGGCCCAGUUGGGAGUUUUUCACAUCCAAACCAAUAUCGGAGGCUAUGGACUAGCGGGAGUUUACCAGAAUGGCCCCGGAAAGACUGUUCUUCUACGGGCCGACAUGGAUGCACUUCCCGUCAAGGAGCUUACGGGACUGCCCUAUGCGAGCUCCGUGACUAUGCGUGAUGCCGACGGCAUUGAGAAGCCGGUCAUGCAUGCCUGCGGACACGAUAUGCACAUGACAUGUCUCCUAGCCGCGGCUGAUACUCUCGUGCGACUGCGAGAUGCGUGGAGCGGGACUUUGAUCGUGCUGUUCCAGCCCGAUGAAGAACGGGGUGGAGGAGCACAAGCGAUGGUUGACGAUGAUCUUUACUCCAAGGUCCCCGUUCCAGAUUACGUCUUUGGCCAGCAUGUCAUGCGAAUGCGUGCCGGGACCAUUGGAUCCCGUCCCGGUACGAUCAUGGCUGCCGCCGAUAGUAUGAAAAUCACUGUAUUCGGACGUGGCGGUCACGGAUCACAGCCGCACCAGACCGUGGACCCUGUUCUCUUGGCUGCGCACAUUGUUGUUCGGCUUCAGAGCAUCGUGAGCAGAGAGAUUGACCCCAGUGAUCUUGCUGUCUUGACCGUAGGCAGUCUUCAAGCGGGGCAGACAGAGAAUAUUAUCGCGGACAGGGCUGAGCUUGGAGUGGAUUUCCGGAGCGCUAAAUUGGAGACUCGAGAGAAGCUCAUCGCGGCUAUCAAGCGCAUUGUUGAAGCCGAGUGUGCCGCGAGUGGCUCACCCAAGCCGCCGGUGUUCACACCAACAAGACGAUUCCCGCCCACCAUCAAUCAUGACGAGUUGGCAUAUCAAGUGGCCGCAUCAUUCGAAAGCCACUUUGAAAGCUUUGAUGCCAAUACGCCCCGGACGAAUGUCAGUGAAGACUUCUCUACAUUGGCUACCUGCCAGAAUAUCCCAAGCGUGUUCUGGCUCACUGGGUGCAUUGAUCCAGAGCUUUGGGAUAGGGCGCAAAGCUCGGGCGAAGAAAUCCCUGGAAAUCACUCUGCUCUUUUUGCUCCCGUUAUACAACCAACUAUGAAGAUUGGGGUAGAUGCGCUGUGUCUUUCGGUUCUCACAUUUUUGAGAAAAUAG